CAAGGAAGUGCGAGGAAGUCCACGCCUAGAAGUUUUUGAAAGCCUUCCACAACUUUUUGUGCGAGUGUCAGGCAGGUGUGGCGCUCCUGGCCCCACCUGAGCUUGCGUGACGUCACGCCGGUGCGGUUCUUCCGGGCCGGGAUUGUGAACUGCAGCCAUGCCGGACGUCCUGAGCGUCACCGAGUUCAUCGGUGAGUGCAACGACGACUACAAGGCGCCCACCACGUCCAGCUUCUCCACGCGCAUGACGCACUGUAGGAACAGCGUCAACGCCCUUGAGGAGGUUCUGGAUGUGGAGCGCUCUGUUCUGUCCAAACUGAAGAAAGCGGUCAAGUCCGUGUACACGUCAGGCCUGGUCCACGUGGAGCACGAGGACCAAUACGUGUCGGCCAUGGAGAAGCUGGGCGACAACUGCCUGAGCGGCGACGACACCGACGUGGGCGCCGCCUUCCUCAAGUUUGCCGUUUUCAGCAAAGAACUGACGGCGCUCUUCAAGAACCUGAUCCAGAACAUGAACAAUAUCAUCUCCUUCCCGUUGGACAGUCUACUCAAGGGGGACCUGCGCGGUGUCAAGGGGGACCUGAAGAAGCCGUUUGACAAGGCCUGGAAGGAUUACGAGAGCAAACUCUCCAAGCUGGAGAAGGAGAAACGCGAGCACGCCAAGCAGCACGGGAUGAUUCGCACCGAGUUCAGCGGCGGCGAGAUCGCCGAGGAGAUGGAGAAGGAGCGGCGCGUCUUCCAGUUGAACAUGUGCGAGUACCUUCUCAAGGUCAACGACAUCAAGGUCAAGAAGGGCGUCGACUUCCUGCAGAACCUUAUCAAGUAUUUCCACGCGCAGUGCAAUUUCUUCCAGGAUGGACUGACGGCCGUCGAGAGCCUCAAACCCUCCGUGGAGAAAAUGGCGUCCGAACUCACGGCGAUCAAACAGACGCAGGACGGCGAGAGGAAACAACUGACUCAGCUCCGAGACCUCCUGAAGACCUCCUUGCAGUCUGACAGCAAAGAGGAGGCUCCGGCCAAGCAGAAGCAAGGAUACAGCCUGCACCAGCUGCAAGGCAACAAGGCGCACGGGACGGAGCGCUCGGGCGUUCUGUCCAAGAGGAGCGAGGGGCUGAGGAAAGUUUGGCAGAAGAGGAAGUGCUCGGUGAAAAACGGUUUCCUGACCAUCUGCCAUGCCACGACCAAUCGACCACCGGCCAAACUGAACCUUCUGACGUGCCAGGUGAAGAAGAACGCCGACGACAAGAGGAACUUUGACCUCUUUUCACACGACCGGACGUAUCACUUCCAGGCGGAGGACGAGGCCGAGUGCCAGAUAUGGGUGUCGGUCCUCCAGAACAGCAAAGAAGAAGCGCUGAGUAAAGCUUUUAAGGGCGACCAGGACGAAGGCGACAACAUCGUGCAGGAGCUCACCAAGGCCAUCGUCGCAGAUGUCCGGAAGAUGGACGGCAACCGCGUCUGCUGCGACUGUGGCGCUCCAGGUCCCUCCUGGUUGUCCACCAACCUUGGCGUGCUCAUCUGCAUCGAGUGCUCGGGGAUCCACAGAGAGAUUGGGGUGCACUACUCCAGAAUUCAGAGUCUGGACCUGGAUGUGCUGGGAACGUCCGAGCUACUGCUAGCCAAGAACGUCGGCAACGCCGCCUUCAAUGACAUCAUGGAGGCGGAGCUUUCCGCAGAGGGCGUGGCCAAGCCUGAACCGACCAGUGACAUGCAGAGGCGGAAGGACUUCAUCACGUCCAAGUAUGUGGACAAGGCGCUGGUCCGCCGCCAGUGUGCCGACAACGAGGGCCGCCUGCAGGCGCUGUACCAGGCGGUGCGCAACCGCGACAUCCUGGCGCUCAUCCAGGUCUACGGCGAGGGCGUCGACCUCACCGAGACCUUCCCGCAGACCCACCAGCACGAGCCGGACGAAACGGUCCUCCAUCUUGCCGUGCGCAUGGUGGACAGGAACUCUCUACACAUCGUCGACUUCCUGGCGCAGAACAGCGGCAACCUGGACAAGCAGACCAGCAAAGGAAGCACGGCGGUGCAUUACUGCUGCUUGACGGACAACAGCGAGUGCCUGAAGCUCCUCCUCCGAGGAAAAGCGUCCGUGACCAUCGCCAAUGAGAGCGGAGAAACGCCGCUGGACAUAGCGAGACGACUCGGCCACACUGAAUGUGAAGAUCUGCUGACUCAGGCUCAGUCGGGAAAGUUUAACGUUCACGUGCACGUGGAGUACGAGUGGCGCCUCCAUAACGACGACAUGGACGAGAGUGAGGACGAGUUGGAUGACAAGCCCGCCCCGCACCGCCGCGAGGAGCGUGACCGACCCGUCAGCUGCUUCGGGGGCGCCGGCGUUCCCGCGCAGCUCGCCAAACAUCGCAGUCAGAUUCCCAGCAUGAUGAUCAGCAACGAGACGUACGGCGCCAUGCUGGAUCGGCACCUCCCGCCCGGGCCCAAUCCCCCGUUGCCGCCCAGGGCCCCCGCCAGAGGGCAGGCCGCUAAACCGGGCGCCAUGGAAACCAUUGGUAGGCAGAGGUCUUCAUCCGACCCCCCGGCCCUGAACGUGACCCCCAACAGAAACACCUCCAUGUACGUUCUCCCAGUGGCUCCUCCCCCUCCACCUCCUCCUCCGCUUCCUAAAGCCAACCACGGGCCCCGGACUUCCCUACCCUCCUUGGGCCCGCCUCCCACUACCUCCACGAACCCACCGCCUCCGCCUUUUCGCCACAAAGCACCGCCGCCCCUGCCCGUCGCCAAAUCACUGGGACCCAAAUUACCCAGCGGAUCAGACCAAUCAGCUCCACCCAGGUCGUCGCUUAGAAGGACAGACAAGCGAGCUUCUCAGGUCCAGUCCCCCCGAGACUCUUCCCCCCCAACACCAAAACCAAGAAGCACCUUCAGCGCGUCAAGACCCAAAAGGGUACGGGCCAUCUACAAGUGUUCCGCCGACAACCCUGACGAGCUGUCGUUCGACGAGGGCGAGGUGAUCGUGGUGGAGGGCGAAGAGGACACCGAGUGGUGGUUGGGCCACGUGGAGGCAGAACCGACGCGGCGAGGAGUCUUUCCGGUCACCUUUGUGCAUUUCAUCACAGAGUGACUCCUGGAGUCCUCCAGUGACUAAUAAAGUGAAAUUGGAAGAAAUGGGCCCAAGUGACUGGUCUUCUGGGACUUGUCCUCCAUCUUCAUCAAUGAGCAAGAUGCCACUUGAAUUCCUUCUGUGACCAUGCGUGUACCU